AUGACGCUCACCAGCUUUUUACCUGCACCUGCUCAGCUAUCUCCAGACCAACUUGAAGCUGAAGAAAGGGAGGGAUCUCAGAGAUCACUGCAGACCUCUCUGGAUUCCUCUCGAAGGGAGCCUCCCUCAGAUGGAUGCAGCAAAGGCUGGGUUCUACAGCCGGAGGAUUUUGGAGAUGGAGGUCCUUUCCCCAUAAAUGAAAAGUUUGCCAAACUGUAUGAAGCACUAGACAUUGCUGAAUGGAAGGCUCAAGGAGAAAGGAGAGCUGGGAUGAAAACCCAUGUGGAAAAAGAGGAUGGAGAGGCCCGUGAGAGAGAUGAAAUCCGUCAGGACAGGCGAAAAGAGAGGCAGCAUGACCGGAACCUUUCCAGGGCAGCUCCUGAUAAGAGGUCAAAACCUCAGAGAAAUGAAAAUCGAGACAUCAGUGAAGUCAUUGCUCUUGGUGUGCCCAAUGCUCGAACUUCCAAUGAAGUUCAGUUCGACCAAAGGCUCUUCAACCAAUCCAAGGGUAUGGACAGUGGAUUUGCAGGUGGAGAAGAUGAAAUUUACAAUGUUUAUGAUCAGGCCUGGAGGGGUGGCAAAGACAUGGCUCAGAGUAUCUACAAGCCCAGUAAAACUCUGGACAAGGACAUGUAUGGUGAUGACCUGGAAACCAGGAUAAAGACCAACAGAUUUGUUCUUGAUAAGGAGUUUUCUGGUACAGACCGUAGACAGAGGGGCCGAGAAGGACCAGUUCAGUUUGAGGAAGAUCCUUUUGGUUUGGACAAGCUUUUGGAAGAAACAAAACAGCACCAUGGCUCUAAAAGAUGCUCUGAUAGCAGUCGCUCCAAGGAACAUGAGCCUGAAGGCAAGAAGCAGAGGAAGCAGUAGAGGGGCCUCUUAAAACGAAAUCUGACUUAUACAGCAGGACUGCUUGGUCUGGCCUCAGUGAGAGGAGAGGCAUCUAACCCUUGAGAUACUUGAGGUCCCAGGAAGUAGUGACAUCCUCUUGAAGCCGUGGGAAGAACAAUGGAAUGAAGAACUGUGAGAGGGGUGACCUGGGGGGGAAUAAAUACUGAACUGUAAAAGAAAAACAACUUCCCAAAUGAUGAGAGGAAUAAUGUUCACACACUGGAACGAUAUUAGUAGAUGCAUUUGCCCUGUUGUGCUCUUCUACUGUUCUGUGGGGAAACUGAGGUCUUGCUUAGUACACCUUGUU